UGGAGGGCGCCCGGCGUUGGGUCUGGGCAUGGCUGUUUUUCAGAAGUGGUGUCGAGGACAAGUGCGAGCAAGGCCGAGAGACAUCUGCCGUUUGCUCGUUCAUUUAAAGUCGACGGUCUCCCCUCCUGCUGUCGUGGCACCGCCGUUUCGUGUUAAUAGAGUUUCCCAUUCUUCAGUGACUGUCAACUAUCUGAAGGGCUUUUUGGGCAGACUACUUCUCAGCCUCUUCCAUCUGACCCUGUAAACAGAGCUUCCUUCCUAUCCCAGCUGUACCCAAUCCGUCUCGACACAAUGGCCGCCGGUCUGCUCACCAAGGGACCUCCCGUGGAGGCAAAAUGGGUGUUCUUCGUCAGAAUCGCCGUCAUUGCCUUGUCCGUCCUCGUCCUGGCCCUUACAGCCUGGUCCAUGCAUGUCCAUGUGACGCCUCUGGACAAGAUAGUCGGCACCUCGUCCAGCACCACCAGCAGCUCCUGCAAGUCCUACUACUGCCGGAGGUCUCUCGAGCCCAGACAGUACAGCUACUACUACACCGCCAGCGCUACUUCUGCUCCAGGCAUGAUGCUUUUCUCGUCCAUCUGGACGCUCCUUACCUUCGCCGUCACCUUGGGCGUUGAGAGGUCGGCGCCGCAGUCCUUCUUCCGCAUCUGCGUCUUCAUCGCCUACAUCCUCAGCGCCAUCUUCAUGCUUUCCGGCUGGGCAUACAUGGCAUCCGCCGCCGCCGCCUACGCUCCCCUGGCGGACCUGUAUCGCCAGUCGAGGAUUACCUCCCUCGACAACUACCUGACCCAGCUGGUGGCAUCUACUGCUGCGUCCGCCGGACUCGGCGCUGUUCUUUGGGUCCUGGUCAUCAUCGCCACCGUCAUGUUCGCCAUCAACUCUCUGCACACCGAGGGUGCCCCCAUGAGCACUGGCGGCACCGAGAUGCACGCUGUCGCCGCGCAGCCGCAAAAGGGGGGCGAGGUCGCCGUCGAGACCCACCAGGCCCCGGCCCCCGUCUACCAGACCCACGCGGCGCCGGCGCAGCAGCAGAUGUACGCGCCCCAGCAGCCGGGCUACGUCCAGCAGCAGCAGGUCUAUCCUCAGCAGACCCAGCAGACCCAGCAACCCUACGUGCAGCAGUAAUGGUCUCGUCCACGGGUGUGAGGCCGGGCUGUGUACGGGAUUACGGUAUUCUCAAGGGGUGUAGCAUUGCUUUUUUUCGUGAAUGUGGCAUGGAAGUGGUGGUGUUUAGUUCAAGGCCCAUCUCGCUGUUGCCUGGCUCUUGAUGGAGGCCUGGAGUUUUCUGAUUGAUGAUUGUAGCUUUGUUAUUGUUAUACUUGUAGCUAAUACCACAU